AAAAGAGAAGUGAAAGUUAAUUGAUUACAUGACUAGUUGAUGUUUGUUUCAUCGCUCCUAAAGGGGACAUUCAUUUCCUUCCUGCAUGUUGCUCUGUCACAGUGCAGGCCUGUGACUUGUUAAAGUGAAUGUUUGAAAUUCUGACAAAUAUCGGUAGAAUUUAAUGAUCCGUUUGUUGGAAAUUGUUUGAUGGAUGGCCGCAUAAAUCACUUUGGACUCUAUCUUCCAUCUCAUUUUUCGAUGAUUUUUUUUUGUUAUGCAAGUCAUUUUGGAAAUUGGAUGCAAAUGCAGUGAUGCGUGUAACGUGUGAGAAUAAAACGUAAUUUCAUGUGGUUAGAAACUUCAUGGGUUACCAUUCGGCUUUCUGGCUGCUGGUAUAGACAAUGAAAUGAAAAGUGUGUUACAUGUGAAGUGCAUUCCAAUUGAAUCAACGUUUUAUGAGAGUGUGAACUCAAUGAGACCGACUCUAUUGUAUGCUUGCAUAGGAGGCAGAGAGUUGGUGCCGUGAUUCGGCCUCACUUCUCCUAAUUGUUCAAACCAACCCUGGUCUGGUGUUAUUCUUUAUCGAACUUUGGACCUGAGGUUCCCCCAAGUGUCGACCCUUUAUACUCAAGUUCUUGUAUAUACCCUCCUUGGAUUAUUAAGGCUAACAAACUUCAUGCUGUGAAAUGUAUUUAAUUACCUGUGUACCAUAACGCAUUUGCUUUUCUCCAACCUAUGUUGCUGUUGAUCACCCAUUUUAUCAAAGCCGAUAUAUUUCUCUACCUUUUGUCUGGCCUGGUCUGUCUCCGCGAUGGAAUGUGUAACAGAAUAUUUUUCGUUUUAAUUGAACGACAGGGAUUCAGUCUGAAGCCAUAUAUGUCAUAGCUCUUGUGCUCCACAUCAUGUAAACAUUUCUUUUGAUCGUUGCCAUGGAAAUAUUGUAUUAUGAGGAGUAGAUCUUCUAAAGAGCUGUAUAUGUUGCAUAGAGACGGCAAGAAGAAGCUGAGUAGAUCUCAUUUGAGACUGGACAGGUAUAUCAUACCUGCUCUCUGCCUGAUGGCAGAUUUUGUUUGAUAUUUACCGAGUUGCAUAAUAGGAAUGACAAAUUUACACUUGGGAGGCCUGGACUCACUUUUAUGGGAACCCCCAGAAUAUAAUUAAUUUGGGACCGUUUUCUUGACGAUUGCCUAAUAAUUGAAUCAGUCAACUUGUUGAAAUCUACCAAGUUAAUUAGAAUUACCGGAUUGUAACAACCUUUAAUCUACAUGUAUAUUUGGAUAUAAUUGUCAUGUGAUGCAAGUUUGGUUUCAUUUUUGCUAAGUAUUAUACAGUUUGAAAUCUUUGGCCUGGCUUUCAUUAUUCUCCAUCUAUUGCCCCUAGUUGCUCUUCAUCGCAAUGAGGAUUCCGUGUGAAGUCAUGUGACUGAAUUCUAUACUGGAAUUCAAGGAAGAUUGAGCAUCGAGACCAAUAGGCCAUUCAAUCCCUUCCCCGAUUGCCUCUCCCAGCUUUUCAAGUUCCCCGACCAUCUUGCAACGGGGGUGAUCAUUUCUCUCAUUGCUUUUGAUCACCCGUCUGUGUAUGACAGGCUCGCUUGGUAAUUAGGCACGCUGGAACCAUCGGGAGACGAGGAUUGAGCUUGAAAAUCGGUGGAUGAGCUAGGUGUGAUGCGCCUUGUUAUUGAGGUGUAGAAUCAAGGGCGUGGAAGCCGAGGAUUCAUCACUUCUGUCUCCUUGACAUUGCGCGUCCAAACCUACUGGACUUGAUCAUGAGGGAACUUUGCAUGCAUCAUAUCGAUCAAAUUCUUGCAAUUUGUGUGUAUGCAAGGAAUCAAGAUUUUAUCAAUUGAGCAAAUAAAAAUUGAGGCCAAUGUUUCACUUGGUCUAGAUAAGAUAGCUGCUGUAUUUCUUGUCUUGCAUUUAGUUUCCUUGCUCCGGUAUAUUAUAUUUCUUUGGCCAAAGCCCAUAUCGUAUGAGAAUACUUGUUGCAUCGUAUUUAAAGGUAAUACCAAGAGUGUGAACGUUCCAUCUCCUGAUCAGAUGAUUUGGAAUUCUUUGAAAGCAUGUGAGGGCUUGUGAUAUUGGAUCACUUUGGCUGUGCACGCUACUUGUUUUGAGGAGGAAUUUGGGGGAAUUUUGAGUGAUUUUGCUCCAAGUCACUUUGUGGCUCUGGGGAUAAAGAUCGGUUUGCAAUAUUUGUCUUGAAGUUGGUACAUCGACGUUUGGAAGGAUGUUGUAAAGCACACUGGAGAAGGGUGAAAUCGGUAACCAGCGUUAGACCAACCUUUACAUGCUGCAGACAUCUUUAGCAUCUCAAGAGUCAUCCCAGCGUUUUGAUUUCAUGUCAUUGGUAGUUCAGCCCUUCAGCGUCUGCUGUAUGCAUAAUAACAGAACACAGCUACCUUGUAUUUAUUGUGAUGAAGUCUUUGCUCGCAUCAUCAACAGUUUCACAUUUCUUUUUAACACUGUAGAGAUUACUGUCCGCAUAAGGUUACAUUUCUUCAGCUGAUCAAGAGAUUAUAUACCCAAGUCAUCAAAAAGGGUUUACCACUAUAGGAAGAUCCGCCUGUUGGAUUUGAACAAAGCAGUCGCAUCAAAUACCGUCACCACUCAAUAAAUUGUGCGGAAAGGAUUUCAUUGCGAUAAAAAGCACUGAUAAACAUUAAAUUAUCAUAAUACAAAGUUAGUGUGGAGUGCACUGUCCGCUCCAAAACAGUGAAAAUAUCCGCAGCUGGGAGGUGCCAAAAGCCAACUUUUCCAAAAAUGGCGAGUGCAGUGACUUCGGACGUGGACGAGAUUCGGUUGGAGGAGGAAAAGAUGCCGAGGACGUUUUGGCAACGUUGUCUGCCUUUCUUUGUUUAUUCCUUCAUCAUCGUCUGCAUCCUCGGUGCCCUCAUCUUUCUCGUUAUCACCUUGACAACCAAUUGGUAUCUCAGAUACAUUUUUGUUGGGGAGGAGUAUACAGAUUAUGGCAUAUGUGCCAUAAAAUGCAUGCAUGGUGAGCGGCAUCCGAAGAAAUGUCGCUGCGUUUGUGAUGAAGGAUACAGCGGAGACCUCUGUCAGAUACCAGACCCUACCUCGCCCCCUCCGCCCACCACACCCGUACCAUGUGACCUUGACUGCGGAACCAAUGGAACUCUUGAUGAUAUCCUCUGUUUUUGUAACUGCAACCCUGGUUUCGAGGGUCAAACCUGUUCAGAAGUACUUCCUACGGGUCGCACGCCCCAGCCAAUCAGCCCAGACAAUUGCACGCUGGACUGCGGUGACCAUGGCAACAGGGUCAGAGGUAGCUGUUCCUGUUUGUGUGACCAGGGUUUCAGCGGGACGACCUGUGAAAGUGAGUCUUCUUCCAGCGUCGUAGAUGUCGGUGAAGAGUCCGACAUCAGUUCCAGCAGCAGCAGUGGCUAUUCAGAUGACGAUGUGGCGUCGUGUUUGGAAGGGACGUACUGCUUCAACGGAGGGACAUGUGAAACCAUUCCAAAUACAGACGGUCAAUCGGGGAAUGCUCUAACGCCAACUUGCUCUUGUCCGUUUGGUUUUACUGGUGAUCUGUGUGAGAUAGAGGUAAGAUGUCCUGAUCUUGACUGUGGUCCUAAUGGAAACCUAUCUCCUGAUGAUUGUUCAUGCGUCUGCCAGGAUAAGUACUCAGGACCAAUGUGCGAAGUUUUGAGUGACAACCACACAAUACCCUGCAGUGCAGAUUACCACAACUACUGUUUAAACGGAGGGACGUGCCAUCAACUCGUGGGGAUUAAUAAACCAACGUGCAAGUGUCCGGACAAUAAGCGCGGGCCUCGAUGUGAGAGUACCGUGAUCGAACCGAGUAAAUGCUACCCAGGAUAUUGUCUCAAUAACGGAACUUGUCGUUAUUCCGUCAAAAGAGACAAACGAAGAUGCAUCUGUCCCGACCUUUACCGUGGGUCCUCACGCUGCCAGUAUAUUAAUAAUUAUGAUCCUAGCAAAGCGCCACCUGUAGUCCAUCCGAGCAUCGAGCAGAAUUCUAUGAAGGUUAUCAUCACGUUGACGGUCAUCUUCAUCAGCCUCUUACUGGUCCUUCUUCUAGUGGUCUUCAUCUACAUCAAAAACAAGAAUUAUCAGGAGAGGCAUAAGAGGGCCAAGACAGGUCGGAAUCCACUGCGACCCCCCAGCUACAACGUAUCCCAUCCUCUGCACCAGAACACCAAUAAUCAGGCAGGGAACCAAUCCAGAGGCAUACAGGAACUGGAAAUGGAACCAAGACGACCAUCAGCCCCACCCACUGUCAUGAGGAUGGAGAGCGAGGGCAGUGUUCACUCGACACCCAGUCAAAGGAGUCACUCCGUGGAUGUGCGUUACAGCAGUGUUCCGGUCCAAGCUAAUCCGGUGGUAGCAAGGACGAUGCAUAACGGUUCCGCUCGCAAAAUAUCGCAGGCGAGCAUUCAUUCAAAUCGCUCGACAUCGAGCCAUCGUUCGACCGGGUCGAGUCCCGGAUCCGGAAAGCGGCGUAGGCUGGGCUACGAAGCGGUACCUGUAAACGAGCCAGCGGAUACGAUAGAAGAGUACCACGGUGAUACGGCGGCGUGUGAGGAUGCGAGCAUAAUCAUGUUACCCAAGGAGGACGUUUGUAGUGAUGGAGAGAGCGUGUGCUCCUCGGAGCCCGACGAUGUCGUCGACGUGCCAAAUCCUCAGAUCUCGGCCAUCGAGACGCACCUGGCGCAGCCGAGCGAGGAUUACGACGACAACGUCGACAGAGACUUCAGUGCUGACGUGGUGAAUGCCAACGUCCACUUCUCAAACCCCUAUGCACAAGACGACUCGCCGUCUCUCUCGCCACGAGGUCACUCGACCUCUUGCGGGUCACCUCAUGACGUCAACCUGCAUGAAAACCCAUUCCACGGUGGGCUCAGCUUGCAGGGCAACCAACCUAACAACAAACUCUACGCCAACGAUGCUUAUUAUGGCAAUAGGUACGAAGAUGAAAUCGAUAGGAGUAGCCCACCGCAUGCUGUUUAAUGCACGAAAAGACUUUAUCUCAACAUGUUGUACAUUACUUACUGUAUAAUCAUAAAAACUUAUUUAUUAUCUCUGAUCUCUUUUCACAGCUAUAUUAUAUAACUUUCUGCUGCAGCAAGUGGCACUAUUUCUUGUCAAAUGUAAGAAAGAUUUUACCUGUGUGUACUUGAGUACACCAUCACUGUUGUGUCUCGUUUUGUAAUUACCAAUCAUUAUAAGAUUAUGAAGUGGCAGUUUUGUGAUUAUGAAACUUCAGGUCGCAAAUAAAAUCAACAUCAACCGGGUCCUGUCUCACAAAGAGUUGUGAUUGAUCCAAUCGACCGUAAAUCUAUGGAAAUCCAUCAGUGUUAUAAUUUUUU